GCCAGCGAGGGAGCCACCCACACCCACAUCGAUACACAUAGAAACCAGAGAAGAUGCUGUCAGCGCUAGUGAGAAACAACACCCGGAGACUUGUAGCAGGCCCGGCCAAGACGUUUGUCAGAUCGGGACACAUCAUUGCCGUCCACAGGGACACGAAGGAGGACAACCCGGAGAUUGCGUUCGAGUUCACCGCGGAGAACAAGAAGAGAGCAGAGGUCAUAAUCAAGAAAUACCCACCACAGUACAAGAAGGGUGCGUGCAUGCCGCUAUUGGACUUGGCGCAGAGACAGAUUGGGUUUACGUCCAUCUCCGCGAUGAACUACGUUGCCAAGGUCUUGGACAUGCCUCCAAUGAGAGUCUACGAGGUUGCGACGUUCUACACGAUGUAUCAGAGAAAGCCCGUGGGCAAGUACCACGUGCAGGUGUGCACGACCACGCCAUGCCAGCUCUGUAACUCCGACCAAGUGAUGGAGACCGUGAUGGAGAAGCUGAACCUCAAGCCGGGCGAGGUCUCCAAGGACGGCCUCUUCUCCUUGGAGGAGGUCGAGUGUUUGGGUGCGUGCUCCAACGCCCCAAUGCUGCAGAUCAACGACGACUACUACGAGGACUUGCAGACCAAGGAGGAGGUUGCCAAGAUCCUCGACGGCUUUGCCGCAGGCAAGCCACCUGCCCCAGGUACCACCAAGAGAGAGUCCUGCGAGCCUUUCUCCGGGCCAAAGACCUUGACCGAGCCUCCAUUAGACGUCGCCACUGUCACCAGAAGCGACUUGUAGGCUGGUCCGUUGGUUUCCCGUUCCGCUCAGUUUUUAUUUAUUUAUUCAUUUAUUCAUAAAUUAUAUACGUUCUAUGUCAUGUAAGAUACACGCAUGUGUAAAUAUAUAUCUUAAUUCUCUUCCGAGAACAAGCCCUGGAU